AUGGCGACAGACGAAUCCAUCCUCAUCCUCGGAGGCGGCUGCUUCGGCCUCGCAACAGCAUUUGAGCUCGCACAAAAGGGCUACAAGAACAUCACCAUCCUGGAGAAAGAUGUCGAUGUUCCAAGUCGUUUCUCUGCAGCAUAUGAUCUGAACAAGGUCAUUCGCGCCGAGUACGCUGAUGAGUUUUACACUCAACUAGCCCUCGACGCAAUUCGAAAGUGGCAGUCUGAUCCCCUCUACACACCGCACUACCACCAAACAGGUUUCCUCAACGUAACAUCCGGCAAAGCCGCCCAAAACACCAAAGGCGCAGUAGAAAGCUACUUCCAAUCCCUCCAAAACAACCCAGCAUUCAACGGCCAAACAACCCGCGUCGCCAACAGUCAAGAAAUCAAGAAGCUUGUUCCCAAGUUCACGGGUCCUCUCAACGGUUUCAAAGGUUAUCACAACAAACUUGCCGGCUAUGGCCAUUCUGCCAAUGCUUUAAGAGCUGUGUACGAGGAAUGUGUCAAGAUUGGUGUCAAGUUCCAUCUUGGUGAGAAGGAGGGUGAAGUUGAUUCUUUGCUGUACGCUUCUAGUCGUGAGGGCAGUAAAUGUGUCGGCGCUAGAACAAGAGGUGGAAAGAUUCAUGCUGCUGAUAAGACCAUUGUUGCGCUUGGUGCUGAUGCAGCUAAUCUUCUUCCGAGAAUUGGCAAACAAAUGACCGGAAGAGCGUGGGGUGUCGCACAUAUUCAACUCACAGACGAAGAGGCAGCUGAUCUUAAGGGUAUUCCCGUUACCAACGUGCGUGAUCUGGCAUUCUUCUUCGAACCAGACAUGAAGACCAAGAAGUUGAAAUUCUGCCACAUGGGCGGUGCAUUCACGAAUUACUCCUACACCAAAGACGGUCUCUCCCUUCCCUUCCGCGACUUAGCAUCCUCUCAAUUCAUGCCUCUCGAAGACGAAACACACAUCCGCCAACUCCUCCGGGAAGUCUUCCCCCAAUUGGCAGAACGACCUUUAAUUGAUCAACACCUUUGCUGGUUUGCCGACACGGAUGAUUCGGAUUUUAUCAUUGACUAUGUCCCUGACACGAAUGGUACUUUGGCGGUGCUGAGUGGUGAUUCUGGACAUGGGUUUAAAAUGUUGCCUAUUUUCGGAACGUUUGUGCAUAAGUUGCUUGCGGAGGGAAGACAGGAUGAGAGGAAGUGGCAGUGGAAGGAUGGGAAGAGUAAGAUUGCUGCUGUGUGGAGGAGUAGUGAGAGUCAGGAACUUGCUGGUGUUCCCAGGGCUAAGCUGUAA